CACGGACCCCUCGGCGCCCUGCUGAGCCCGCGAUCCUUUCCUGCCUGUGACCAACCGGCGCUGCAGCUUAUUGCCUGGCAAUGCCGUUUGGGUGUGUGACUCUGGGGGACAAGAAGAACUAUAACCAGCCAUCGGAGGUGACCGACAGAUAUGACUUGGGACAAGUCAUCAAGACCGAGGAAUUCUGUGAAAUCUUCCGGGCCAAGGACAAGACAACGGGCAAGCUGCACACGUGCAAGAAGUUCCAGAAGCGGGAUGGCCGCAAGGUGCGGAAGGCAGCCAAGAACGAGAUAGGCAUCCUGAAGAUGGUGAAGCAUCCCAACAUCUUGCAGCUGGUGGAUGUGUUUGUGACCCGCAAGGAGUACUUCAUCUUCCUGGAGCUGGCCACGGGGAGGGAGGUGUUUGACUGGAUCCUGGACCAGGGCUACUACUCGGAACGAGACACGAGCAACGUGGUGCGGCAGGUCCUGGAGGCUGUGGCCUACUUGCACUCACUCAAGAUUGUGCACAGGAACCUCAAGCUGGAGAACCUGGUUUACUAUAACCGGCUGAAGAACUCAAAGAUUGUCAUCAGUGACUUCCACCUGGCUAAGCUAGAGAAUGGCCUCAUCAAGGAGCCUUGUGGGACCCCCGAAUAUCUGGCCCCAGAGGUGGUAGGUCGGCAGCGGUAUGGACGCCCUGUGGACUGCUGGGCCAUUGGAGUCAUCAUGUACAUCCUGCUUUCAGGCAACCCACCCUUCUAUGAGGAGGUAGAGGAAGACGACUAUGAGAAUCAUGAUAAGAAUCUCUUCCGCAAGAUCCUGGCUGGUGACUAUGAGUUUGACUCUCCGUACUGGGAUGAUAUUUCGCAGGCAGCCAAAGACCUUGUCACAAGGCUGAUGGAGGUAGAGCAAGACCAGCGAAUCACUGCGGAAGAGGCCAUCUCCCAUGAGUGGAUUUCUGGCAAUGCUGCUUCUGAUAAGAACAUCAAGGAUGGUGUCUGUGCCCAGAUUGAAAAGAACUUUGCCAGGGCCAAGUGGAAGAAAGCUGUCCGAGUGACCACCCUCAUGAAACGGCUCCGGGCGCCAGAGCAGUCCGGUGCGGCCGCAGCACAGUCUGCCUCAGCCACAGACACGGCUACCCCUGGGGCUACAGGUGGGGCCGCAGCUGCGAGUGGAGCUGCCCCAGCCCCUGGGAGCAGUGCCACCCCAGCCACGGAGGGUGAUGCUGCAUGUGCCGCAAAGAGUGAUAAUGUGGCCUCCGCAGACCGUAGUGCCACCCCGGCUACAGACGGCAGUGUCACCCCAGCCACUGACGGCAGCGUCACCCCAGCCACCGAUGGGAGCAUCACCCCGGCCACUGACGGCAGUGUCACCCCAGCCACUGACAGGAGCGCUACUCCAGCCACUGAUGGGAGAGCCACGCCAGCCACAGAAGAGGGCACUGUUCCCGCCACCCAAAGCAGUGCCACGCCAGCUACCAAGGCAGCUGCCACCACUGAGCCGGCUAUGGCCCAGCCGGACAGCACAGCCCUAGAGGGCGCCACAGGCCAGGCUCCACCCUCUAGUAAAGGGGAAGAGGCUGCUGGCUCUGUCCAGGAGUCUCGGAGGGAGACCAGCUGA